AAUGACACUAAUACAUCUAUAGAGACUUUGAGCUGUUUUAUUUCAGUUUCAAAUGUGUUUUACUGUUUUAAAAUUAAUGGCUUUUUUAAUAUGUAAAAUAAAACUAUAUGACAUUAUUAUUAUUAUUGUUGUUGUUGUUGUUGUUGUAGUUUGUAUCUUUGUUGUUUUUCUGUCAGAUUUGUGAGAAUGAGCGUCGGCUGCAGCACGAGCGAAAGACGCGUCUCCGCGCGUCAUCAGACUCUCAAAGAGUGUAAACGCGUCAGGUCAACUAAAGGGGCAUCUAAAGCCCGUCGAGACCACAUCAAUGGAGAGAUCCGGACUCUGCGGGCACUGUUGCCCAUCUCUUCUGAAGACCAGGAGCAGCUGUCAUACCUGCACUCCAUGUCUCUCAUCUGUACAUUCAUCAGGAAGUCUGUGAUGCUCCAAGGUCUUCAUGAGAACAGCAGUGAUGUUUCUCUCCCGUGUGAGAGUUUCCUGCAAACGUUACCUGGAUUCAUUGUUGCUUUGACCAAAGAAGGGAAACUGGUGUAUGUGUCUGAAAAUGUGUGUGAAUAUCUGGACCUGUCGAUGGUGGAUGUUCUUCAAGCAGACUCGUUCUAUGACAUGAUAGACAUUCAUGAUGUGGAAACUGUGAAAGUCAUUUUGAGAGAAGACAACACUUCAGCAGAGCGCAGUUUUGUUUGUCGGAUGCAAACAUCUAAAGCGUUCCGGAUCCAGUUCGGCAGCUGCUGCUCCAUGAUGGUGAGGGGGCGUUUCCAGGCCGGAUCUCCAAACUCCUCGCUGUUUGUGGCUCUCUGUACACCCACAGCAGACAGACUGAAGGACAGUGAGAUUCACAGCGACUCCAUGUGCUUCCAAACUCUCCACACAGCAGAUAUGAGCUUCACUAACUCCCCCUACUGUGUCGUCUUCCACCUGGGUUUCUCUGCAGAGGAGCUUACUGGUCAAUCAUGGUACCGCCUCCUGCACCCUGAUGACCUCACAGUCAGUGCGUCCUGCCACGAGAGUCUUAAAGAUGAUGGAGUCUCAGAAGUGCAGCUGGUUGUCAGACUGCAGUGUAAAGAUCUGUCAUGGCUCUGGAUUUACACACGGGCAACUGUAGAUACAGACAAACAAUUGAUUACCUGCACAAACCACGUGAUCAGUGAAACGGAGGCCGUAUAUCUCAGACAGAAACUCUAUAGCAGUGUGUGUCCGACAUUCAGAGAGAGCGACAGGUCAAGAAGGAAGAUCCAGAGACUCUCUGAGAACACUGAUCAAUACAGCCGAUCAUCUGUCACUAUUGAAGACCAGCCCGCAUUCUUCUCCACCCCCCCGUACAGCCCCACUUCCUCUCACUCUUCUGACUUCCUGUCUGAAGGAUCCGAUCCAUUUGAGCAGCUCAUAUGUGACUGGAGUUCUGCUUCUGAAUCGUAUCAUUUCUCCUCUGCGAGUUCUCCGGCGAGUUCUCAUGAUGAGGCGUUCCCUCUUGGCAUGUUGAGUUUAGUAUCUCACUUGUACUGUAACUCGCCCACUCACGUGCCUGUCUGUGUGACUGACACCCACCUGGUGCCCGUGUAUCAGCCUGACGGUGUUCUCCACCCAGAGGAGUUCAGUUUGUUUCCUUUGACCCAAACACACGGGCGCUCCAGCACCCCGGAGCCGUCACCCAGCGCCGAGAGACACUUCCACUACAGCCCGACGGAAAGGCAUGAAAUCAGCAUCCUCGCCCAUCAGAUCUGCUCACUCGCCAACAACUUUGAUGUGUACGGCACACCGGAGUCACUUCCUGCAAAUUUUGCCCUCUGCAGGCUGCCUACGACCUCACAGCCAACCGGACCCGAGCCGCUGCUGGACGAGAGAGUCAUUGAGAGCUUUCUGCGAGAUCUCGAUGUGAUCUCUGAGAAACAGACUGACUGUGUUUGGAAUGAGCUGCAGGGCGUCCCGGCGGGCACAGGUGCCCAGCUCCAGGCUCUCUCUGUGGGCAUGCUGAAACACACAGGACCCCUCGAGUCGUUCUCAUCAGAGACUGGCAUCAGCACACACGACGAGUUGAAUCAACUCAAUCACUGUCUGUAUGACGCCAUCAACCGAGAUGGACUUACUGAAGAAUCCAUGUACUAAAGGAAGUCUGUGACUUACAGGAUUGACCCCAGUAUGGCAUAUUGCCAUGGCAACCAGUGGAAAACUCUUUACAUCAGCAGAUAUAAUAAAGUUUAGGAGGGAACAGGCAUCAUUCAUAUUUCUGUCUGUGAGUCACAUACAAGUGAAACACAUCGUAAAUUAUUAAACACAUAUUUUACUCCUUGUGUUGAUUGUGGCACAAUAGCAUUUAUUUCAGUUAUUAUAAACCAUGAAUAAAUAAGCUACUAUGCACUUACUCUACGUUCUGCUGUACACGUAAAGCCACAUAUAGAGAAAACGAUGUAAAAUAUGGUGGAAAAUUAUACUUUGAAUAUAAAUAAGAUUAAACGAUCUACCUCAUCGUCACCUAAAGGUUAUGAAAUCAUUCCAGACACUCUUUUGUAGAGUCUUAAUGUUUGGUUGUAUAUUUAUUUUUGUCGUUUAUUUUAAUUGACCAUUUGUACAUCAGCGAGAUGUUCCUUUUGUACAUUUUGCUCUACAUAUGAAUGUUUAUCUGGCAGUGACAUGAACAAUCGGCCUUAUAUUUGUGCUGUCUGUUUUUAUCCAUGUCAGAAGUAUCUAAUGUUUAGAGUCAACAUGUUAUUUAUAUAUUUUGCUGUUGUUUUUAUUUUUAUUAUGUACAUUAAAUAAAGUUGUUAUGAGAA